AUGCAAAGUCUUUUCCAUAAAGCUGACCAUGCUAAGGAAGGUGCAGAAUAUUGUGGGCGGCUCCUGUUUGAAGUGAAGACUACCAUGAGUACGGAGAAAAUUACUAAAGUGGAGGAUAUUGAUCUCGAAAAUAUUUCUAAUGUAGAGUGCUACACAUCCCAUAAGAAAUUCAACCUGGCAGCUGUUUUCCAUUCAGCCACUAUGCUGCCAAAAGUCAAAGACCAAGUCCAGUUUGAGGUCAGCAUGGGCAACUAUGGGAACAAGCUGGACUCUACGCAUAAGCCAGUGUCUUCCACCACACAAUAUAGUCAAGCUGUAUACGAUGGGAACUGCUAUUACUAUCUCCCAUGGAAUGACACCAAGCCAGUGGUAGCUAUGACUUUUGAUUGGGAGGAUACCACACACAGAAUGCAGGUUGUCAAUCUCCUGAUGAAUCUGCGUCAGACUAUGAUGAAUAAUCUUGAAGCUUUACAAAACACCAGCUCCAACAUGGACAUCAAGUGGAAAAUUCACCUAAAGGAAAUUACAACUGCUUGCCGACAAAUAAUCCCCUUGAUGGAAAGCCCAUACAACACUAAGUUGGAUGAACAGCUGUACAAGUUUCGUGCAUUUUUCUUACGGGAGAUGGCUGAGUCUUUAAAAAAGUUAAUGAAGAACCAUGAUCCUGCGUCUGAUCUUGUAACCCAACUGGAUGACUGGCUGCAUAGACUCACAGGAAUUAUAUAUGAGCCUCAGACUGGUCUGCCUGAUGUCUUCAUCUGGAUGCUGUUUAACAACAAGCGAGUAGCAUAUGCCCGUGUGAGCCCAGCAGACAUCCUGUAUUCCGACAACUCAAACUGCAUGGGUAUGAACUGUGGUACAUUACAGACCAUCUUUUUAAAGCAUCUACCAGGACAGGACAAUAACAUCAAGGUUCCUGUGCAGCUGCGGAUCAGAAUGUGGCUGAGCUUAGCAUCUGACAUUACAAACCUGGAGAAGCAUUUUACACUCCCAGGAAAAAUCUGUGUUUGUGCCGAAACUUAUGAGAACCAAAAAAAGUCUUGGGGCAAGUGGAGUUCAAAACUACGAUCCCACCCUCCAUAUUCUGAUAUCACAGGGAAAUUAAGUGCCCCAUGUGAAAUGUUCCAGCCUCCCCCAGGUUGGCAGUGGGAAGGAGAAUGGGGCAUUGAGCCACAGAGGAGGGUGCUAUUCAAGACUAGAACACUCGAGGGACCUUGUGUACCAACUCUCGCCCCCUUCACCUGUAAUCAGGAAUCUGAGACCGUUUCACCAUCUCAGUGCUGGGAGUACGCUAAAUCCAAGAAAUGGAGGUUUCAUAACAUCUGUACUCCCUCAGAUGUUUACAGAAGAAGACGCUGGAGGCGAGUAAUGGUGCCUCAGGAAGAGCAGGGAAUAAAUUCCCUAUUUCUACUCGAAGUAUCCAUGGAAUUAAAACUACUUGACGGUGAUGGUAGCAAAGAUGGCAACAGGCUUGUUGUUCGCAAUAACACCCCGAUAAUAUACUGUCUCUGUCAGGAUCCAACCUACUACCAGAUGAGAACUUACCUAUAUCAGGCCAAGAACCUCCGUUCUGCUGAUCCAGACAGCUAUUCAGAUCCGUAUGCACAGGUGGGAUUUCAGUACUUCAGCCAAUUUACCAAGACCAUGAGCUGCACUCAAGACCCAUUCUGGAAUGAGACAGUAGUCUUCAAUGAUGUCAUCCUCUACGAAGACCCUAAAGCUAUACAACUGGAGCCCCCUUGCAUUACUGUGGAGGUUUUUGAUAAGACUAAGAAGGGCAAUCAUAGCUUCUUGGGUAGAGCCAUAUGCUACCCUAGGGUGUUUAAUGACAUCACCAAGAGAGAGACUCCAAGACUCAAAUGGAUCCAGUUAAGAAAAGGCUAUACAACUGCUGGAAAGCUACUGGCAGCCUUUGAGCUCCUGCUGGAUAAUAAGCAAGGUAACUUGGACACAAUUGCAACACCACCCUGCAGUACAGAUGGAACCCUAAUGGUCCCGGAUGGAAUUUGCCCAGUUUUAAAGACCAUGAAACUUGAGAUUCUUGCCUGGGGUGUCAGGGAGCUAAAACCUUUCCAUCUGCUGGGUGUCCAAAACCCCAGCUUAUUGGUUACAUGUGGAGGGACAAAAAUACAGACACCUCCAAUCGAAGACAUCAGAGAAAAUCCAAAUUUCCCUUCUCCAUUACUUUCUAUGACAGUGGACCUCCCAGAGGAUGCAUAUUAUAUGCCAAAGCUUCUUUUAAAAGUCAUGGACAACAGACCCUAUGGCUACACACCCAUUAUAGGAGAAGCUUUUGUGAGGGACCUUAAUCGUUACAUCUGUAGUCCCCUGAGCAUUAUGCCCCCUACUGCUCAGUCAUCUAAAGUGGUACCCAUCAAGCACACAGUUCUGGAGAUUCCGGAUCUAGAAACACAGAUGGAACCUCAAGUAAGUGAAGUUGUUUGUUACAGGCGUCUUAUGACCGAUCUGUUAGUCCUUAAAGAAAUAUUAAACAGUCAGGCUGUAGAGUACGACUGGUGGUGCAAAUUCUAUGCAUCAGUUGGCGAGACCACCCGCAUUGGAGAUUACCUGCAGAAAGGUCAUGAUACCCUAAAGAUAUACGACAGAGAACUAGAAUCCAUUCCUGAGUUCCAGAGACUACAAGAUGUCUGCCAAACGUUCCACCUGCAGCGUUCAAGGCCUGUGGAAGAUAAUGAACAGGAUGAAGAAAAUAAGGACUUUGUGGUAGUUGGAGAAGUUAAGGCUUCAUUUAAGAUCUACCAAUUCAAUCAAGAUCUUGGAACACCUGACACAAUGUUUCCUUACAUUCCUGAACACAGACCUCAGCAGUGCCUGGUGCGCCUCUAUAUAGUGAGAGCUUUAAACCUGCCCCCUAAAGACAGAAAUGGCUUGUGUGACAGUUAUCUGAAGAUCUCACUGGGGGACAAGAAGUUCGACACGAGAAAGAACUACGUACCAGGGAGCUUAAAUCCUGUAUUUGGCAACUUGUUUGAGAUACCGUGCACCAUCCCCCUGGUGUCUAAAUUGAAAAUCACACUAAUGGAUUAUGAUAUAAUAACAGCAGACGAUAAGAUAGGAGAGACCUGCAUUGAUCUAGAAGACCGGCUUCUCUCUUGCUUUGGAGCUAACUGUGGGAUCCCACAAUCCUACAGUGUGUCAGGUCCUAAUAUAUGGAGACAUCAGUUACUUCCCUCCCAGCUGCUCACCAACAUCUGCAGCGUAAAGAGAUUGGGCCCUCCAAAGAUCUCGGAGUCUGGGGAGAGAAUCACCAUUGGCAACAUCACAACUAUGUUGUCCGAGUUCGAAACAAGACCUAAACCUAGCAAUUUGGGACCUCCCCAAGAACGCCAUUCAUUGUACAUCCGUAAAAUGGGCCAAGUACCGGAGCACGUGGAGACCCGGUCUCUAUAUCAUCAACUGAGACCGGGAAUCGAACAGGGAAAACUCCAGAUGUUCCUUGAUAUCUUCCCCUAUACCUUGGGACCUCCUGGACCAUCUAUAUGCAUAAGCCCAAGAGUUCCUGAAAAGUAUAUUCUUCGUUGCAUCAUAUGGAACACCAGCAAUGUAUAUCUUCAGGAGAGAAGCAUCUCGGGAGAACUGAUGAGUGACAUCUAUGUAAAGGGAUGGAUGGAUAGUAUGGAACAACAAAAGCAGCGCACAGAUAUUCAUUAUCGCUCGCUCGAUGGGUGCGGAAAUUUCAACUACCGCUUUGUCUUUGAUUUUGAAUAUCUAAAAGUAGACCACAUGUGUACUGUCACAGAGAAGGAGAACAUCUGGAAUAUUGACAGAGUCACCAAGCUAAUACCACCUAAGCUUAUAAUACAAAUCUGGGACAGUGAUCUUUUUUCCCCGGAUGACUAUCUUGGGAAAAGUGGAGGUGACUCUGGAAAUUUUGAGUGAGAAGAAAGCAAAAUUACAUCCGGCAGGAAAAGGGCAAGACGAGCCGAAUUUAAAUCCAAAGUUGGAUCCACCAAUCCGACCUAUAACAUCAUUUUUCUGGUUAACAAACCCACUAAAAGGAUUGAAAUUCGCCCUCAGUAAGAGAUUUCGCCGAUGCCUCAUUUUGUCAUUGAUAAUUAUGAUCGUAUUAUCUCUCCUCUUGGUUUUCAUCUAUA